AUGCAGUUGGUUAAGGGGGGCGUUUAUGAGGUUCCUUGUACGGCGGGGGCGUUUCAGCAUGGACUUGGACAUAUGGGGUAUGCGGGGUGUGGGGGGUGUUUUUAUAGUCCGUCUGGGGGGGCGAAUUCAUCUUCUUCCUCUAACUCCACCUCCACCCCCUCCUCCACCUCAAAAAAGGACUCCUCAUCCUCCUCCUCUGGAAAAACCAAACCCGACUACGACUUCAAAACCAAAGACAUCUUCAUCCGCGGCAAGGUGUACGCCAUCCGGGCCUCGUAUCUCGCCGAAAGCCCAAAGUUCGAAGCGGAGCUGAUGAAGUUUGUGGAUAAGAAGAAGGAAGAGCUUGUCCCGAGGAAGGUGGUGGAUAUGUUGAUUCGGUAUGUGAAUGAGGAGGUGUAUGAGAAUAGUAGUUUUGUGGAUGAGGUUACGGUUUGUGUUUUGGCGGGGUGUGUUGGUGAGUUUUUCUUUUCUUCUUGGGUUUUUUGGACUGAGUUUGUGGAUUUGAGUUGGUUUGUUUUGGGGAGUAAGGGGAGCAAGAGGAUAGAGGAAGAGGGGGGGUUUAGGUUUGAGUGAGAGAGAUGAAGAAUGCUAAUUAUUAAACAGGAGCAAAAAGCGUAGUAGAAUACAGCCUCUCCAACCUCAAAGAUGCAAUCAAAAGUACCUUUCCCCCCUUCCCCUCCUUCCCCCUUCCCUCCCUUACCUCCAUAUAAACUAACCCCUCUCUCCCCCUUCACAGAACACGAAAUCCCCACCCCGCACCUCUCCCAAAUCGUCGUCAUGAUCAUGUGUUCGGAAAGAGUCGACGACAAGCUCAAAGACUGGCUCAAAAGCUACUUCAAGAAACCCGGUGAGAGGGGUGAUCGUCUCCAUCGUCUGAAUAUGUGUCCGGAGUGGGAGGUGGCGAUUUUUGAUAAACCGGAGGCGGCGACGAGGUUGGGGAAGUUGCUGGAGAUUAGGCCGAGUUGUGAUGAGGGGGAGUGGAGGAUUAUGUAGAAAAGGG